CUGUUCAUAUUAAAGAAUCAUGUUUAAUAGCCGUGAAGAACGUAUUAAAUCGAAUAAUAAGGAAUUUGAAGCAUUUAUUUCUUUGAUCCCACAAAAAUAUUAUUAUAAUGAAACACUAAAGAAUUCAUUAAAAGGGCGUAAAAAAACAAAAGAAGAAUCAAGAUAUCUUAAAAAAUUAAAGCUUGAUCCAGAUUCAUAUAAAAAUAUAGAUAAUAUGAAUAAAGAAUUAAAUAAUGAAAAAAAACAGCCAUUGAACAUGAUUAAUUGCAUUGGAAAUGAAAAGGGUGAAUUCUCAAAUAUAUUGGAAGAAAAAAAAUCAAAAAAAAAAGAAAAAAAAGUAAAUGAAAACAAAGUACUUGAAGUAAAUUCAAAAGUCUCAAAAAAAGAUGAAAACGAAGUAAAUAAGAAGGGUUUGGAAGAUAAGGUGGAGACCGUUAUUAUGGAAAAUGGAAAAAACGAGAAUAAAAAAGAAGAAACAUGUAAAAAAGAAAUAUCUGAAAAAUCAAAAGAAAAAUCUCCAGAUAUUUUUGAUCUUCGUUUGAAAUUAGCAUCACGCAUUGAACAACUACGUGCAAAUAGGAAGAUAUCCAAGAAUGGGAUUGAUAGUUCUGCGAAAAAUAGGGAUUCUAUUCUUGAAACAAGGAAAAAAAAAAAAAAUCAUGAUCAAAAAAUGAUAUCAACAAAAAUAAAGCAAAAAAAAGCAUUAGAUGAUGCGAACGAACAUAGAAAUUUUUCCGGUGAAUCCUUGGAAAAUAAUAAUAUAUCAAAUAAAUCAGAAGAAACUGACCUUAUGUAUGGAAAAAUAACCUUUGAAUCUGAUAUAGAAGACAAACAUGAAUUAAGUAGAAAAAAACAUAAUUCUAUGGAUUUGGUAGGCGCUAUUCGUCAUCUUGAGGCAAAAAAACAACGGCUAAGUCGAUUGAGCGAUGAAAAGAAAAAAGAAAUUAUGGUCUCUGAUGCAUGGAAAGAAGCAUUUUUAAGAAGCCAAGGAGAAAAGGUCAAAGACAAUGAAGCGUUAUUGAAAAAAUCAUUAAAAUGGCAAAAAAGAAAAAAAAGAAAGAGCGCCAAAGCAUGGAAUGAAAGACAUAUGCAACUUUUAAAAACAAAACAAUUAAGACAAAAAAAAAGAGAAGAGAACAUAGAACUUCAUAGAACAUUACAAAAAAAGAAGCAAUCUGGAAAAAUGCAGCGAAGACCUGGCUUUGAAGGGUCCUUAUGUAUUAAGGGAAAAAAAUAAUGAAAAACACAAGAAAAAUAUUAUUAAAAACAAUAUAGCAAUAUUAUC